AUGGCUGCGCCGUCCCUCUCUAACGCGGCCAUCAUCACGGUGUGCGGUCAGUUGAUCUCUCCGCAGGCCCUCCUAGAUGGUUUGAAAAUAUGGGACGAUGGUGGCUGGGAUUGGCAGGAUUGUCUACGGAUGAUCUCCUCGUGCACCAGUUUUACCCUCCCCCUCAACCAGCUUGUGGUAUCUGUCAAAGCGGCUACUUGUGGUGCCAAGGCGGUGGGCCCGCUUAGCAAGAUCUGGGUGCUAGUUGACGACUUGCCAGUGGGGCUUCGAUCUGUGGAGUUCAUGAUGGCGUUUGGUAAGCUCAUUGGCAAGCCCGUGGAAGUGGAUUCGGAAUCCCUGGGCAAGGUUGGCCCGGUUCGUCUCAAUGUCUGGUGCAUCGACCCCGUUUGCGUUCAUGGCUCUGUGGAUGUCUUCCCUUCUCCUGAGGGUGUGCAACUUCGGGUUCGGGUGGAGGGUGCUGAACCCCGUGCUCCUCCUCCACCUCCGCCUCCUCCUUCCAAGCCUUCGGACCAAGAUGACACGCAGGGGGAUGGUUCGGCUGGGGGGCAGAACCCAAGUGGAGGUACUGAUCCGCGUUUUACACAAUCUGAAUGGGAUAAGUUGGAUCCGGAUGAACGCGAGCUGCUCAAGGAUAAUGCCCCUGCCCCUAAUCCUCAGAAGGAGGACUUGGCUUCUCGUGUCGCUUCUCGUGUCGCUGGUGCUGGUAAGGGGACCCCCUUCUCUGGAGUUUGCUCCAAUGUGCCUACUCGCCCACAGUCUCCUUCCUUCUUUGGGAUCGAGGAUCUUCCCGCUUCCCCCUUGCGCUCCACCGAGCCCUCAACUAAGAAGAAGAAGAAGUCUUCGGUCCGGAAAUUCUCAGCUAAGAGUCGGGCCUCCUCCACUUCCAAGCUCUCGGCGGCGGGUCUGGCUCGUCGUCUGGACAAGGACCUGGGCUCCGCCUUGGGGUCUGGCCCUGGGCCAGCGUCGCCGAUCCAGUGCUCCCCUGUGCUGCAUUCUCCGGCGUCCACGGCGCGGAAGGGCCGGCGUGUGCGCGACUCGGGCGUUUCGGUGGCGGUGCGGGCGGAACGGCGUGCCGCGGCCAAGGAUCUCCCUCCUUCAGCUUCAGUUUGUUCCUGCGAUUUCUCCUUGCUGGAGCUAGCAAAGAAGAAGGGCCUGCGGGGAGCCAAGGACGCGAAUGGGGAAACCAUGCUUCAUUUCGCUUCGAUCCAGGGCUGCCUGGUGAGCUGCCUGUUCCUGUUCCUGGUGGAGGAGGCGGGGCUUGAUGUCAACUCGGAGUCAAAGGCAGGUGUGACACCCAUGGUCCUCGCCGCACUCCAGGGAAAUGUCGAGGUUACGAGGUACCUUCUUGAUCAUGGCGGUGACCCUGCGAUGCCCGAUGAGAGGGGCUCCACGCCGCUGCACAAUGCAGCAGCGGCAGGGCACUGCGAGGCUGUAAGGCUAUUGCUGUCGAAAGGAGUUAAUCUGGAUCCUAUCCAUUACCAAGGGACACGAUUACACUUGGCUGCUGUGGAGGACCAAGAUCAGGUUGUAAUGGUUCUGCUGGAGCAUGGGGCUGAUCCCAAUAAAGAUGUUCAUCACGUAUUUUCAUACCUCAUGAUGACUGUCUGUGGGAAGUCCUUGAAAUGCAUGAGGCAACUUAUUGAGACUGGUGCCGAUGUGAACGCUUGUGAUUACUCUGGGCCAACUCCUUUUACGGAGGCUGUUGCUGAUGGCUUAACCGACUUUGUCAAGGUCUUGCUAGAUGCUGGAGCCAACCCUAACAUCCCUAACCAGCAUGGAGCAAUACCUAUCGAGCUAGCAGCAGAUAGUGAUCGACACAAGCUUGUUCAAAUUCUAUUCCCUAGGACAAAACCAAUUAAAUCUCUGCCAGAUUGGAGUGUUGAUGGGAUAAUUAAAACUGUGAAUUCUCCAAAAAUCAAUGCUCCUCCGAUUGGUAAUGCAGGGUUAGAUGUUCCACGAGCUGCAGGCCAAACCAUGAAAGCAAUUAUGGAACUACUGAGAGUUUGUACUAUGUACCCGUUGCUGGUCUUUUUGCUUGCCAUCCUUCUAUUAUCUACUGGGGUGCAUUCCAUCAGACAUGAUACAAGUUUCAGUGAGGGCACUUGUCGAUAUGACAUGAUCAGUCUUGCAGUCCUCUCAUGCAUUCAACCGGACAAGCCAUGGAAGUCACCCUCAGUCUCAUGCUGCAAAGCACUGAUACAUGCAAUUGACGAGUUGCCGGCUAGCGGUGAGAAUGGAAAGUGUUGUUUAUGCCGUUUCAUGAGGGCAAAGCUUCAUUAUCCUGAAUUGGCAGCAACAUAUAUCUCUUGCCAUGGAAAGGACAGAGCUGUUGUUGCAAAAUGGUCGUUUCCUGUCGUGGUAUGCGGCAAAGCUUGUUCACGAAAAGAGAUUGCCCUCCUCGUAAGGAGACUGUCAUGGAGAGGCCUCCCUCAAAUUCACAUGGCAGCAAGAUCCUUUUUAUCUUGUUUGCAGCUCUCUUCAUCAUUCUGUUGAUCUUCAUCUUGUACCUCUGGUGGGUCAGGCGGGCUGCCCCAGGGCGACGCGAAUCUCUACCGUUAAUGCAGAUUCAAAAGCAGGCCAGAUCAUCUCCCGGGAGUGGCCGCCGACAAUCCUCUGGGCGGUUGAAGGAGCGUCAGCCAUCUGGAUAGUGAAGCACUUAUUCUUGAAAGAAACCUUAAUCGUGAACAGAUUCAGAUUUGCUGCUGUCUUCCUGUUAGUGCAGCAGCACAUAACUGUUUUGUCUCCAAGGCUUGUUUAGGGAUCAUACUGGUACUUAACGUGCUGCAAGUGACUGGUUGCAUUAUUACAUACAGAGCCAAAAUGUUUUCUCAGAUUUUUUCCCUACUGUUAGGUCCAUUGUAUUGGAUUGUUGUUGGCAUGAAGUUUGGUUAAAACUUCUAAGUGUCAAAUGUAUAGUAUAAUUUGGAAA